AUGUUGUCCACCGAAGAUCAGGACAAAGAAAAGACUUCUCCUGUUGAACCGCCGCGGGGCUUCUUUGCUCGCAGAGGAGCGGCCAAGGCGGCCACGUCAGAAGAAAACAAGGACUCGGCUGCUGACGCGCAAGCCUCCGACGAGGAUGACGCACCAACUGUAUCAUUCUCCCAGUUAUUUCGAUUUUCGACGCGAUUCGAAAUGUUCAUUGAUGCUAUCGGUUUGCUCGUAGCUCUAGGAUCGGGGGCUGCUCAACCGCUCCAGGCGAUUCUCUUUGGAAAUUUAACUCAGGACUUUGUGACAUUUACGACUGUCCUUCUCAAGUAUCAGGAAGGGGUCGAGGAGGCCAAACAACUAUUGCCGCUAGCAGCUGCAAACUUUCGCCACGCGGCUGGUAUUGAUGCCACGUACCUGGUGUAUCUUGGAAUUGGAUUAUUUGUGUGCACAUUUGUAUCGUUCUACAGUUGGGUCUAUACUGGUGAAGUCAACGCCAAGAGGAUUCGAGAGUACUACCUCAAAGCUAUCCUUCGUCAGGAUAUCGCUUAUUUUGACGACAUUGGAGCAGGGGAAAUUACCACUAGAAUUCAAACGGAUACUCAUUUGGUGCAGCAGGGUAUAUCCGAGAAGGUUGCAUUAGCAGUUAGCUGCGUUGCGGCCUUUUUGACAGGUUUCAUAAUUGCAUUCGUCCGUUCCUGGCGCUUGGCCUUGGCUCUCAGUUCCAUCCUUCCAGCGAUAUCCCUGACGGCUGGAAUUAUGAACAAGUUUGCAGCGGACUACACGAAGAAAUCUCUCAAACACGUUGCCGAAGGUGGUACCUUGGCAGAAGAAGUAAUCUCGACCAUUCGAACGGCCCAAGCUUUCGGGACUCAGAAGACGUUGUCGACUAUUUACGACUCUUACGUGGAACAAUCUCUCCAAAUCAACCUAACAGCUUCUGCCUGGAGCGGGGCUGGAUUUGGCGUAACGUUUUUCAUCAUUUAUUCGGUGUAUGCUCUCACAUUCAGUUUUGGGACCACCCUUAUCAAUAGCCAUCACGCAACCGCGGGAGCCGUCGUGAACGUCUAUCUAUCCAUCUUCAUCGGUUCUCUCUAUGUGGCUUUGCUUGCGCCGGAAAUGCAAGCAAUAAACAAAGCCCGGGGCGCAGCAGCGAAGCUCUACGAAACCAUUGAUCGUGUCCCAGAUAUUGACUCUUCUGACCCGAGUGGGCUGGAACCCGAAGACGUCAGAGGAGAAAUAAUUUUUGAGGGAGUAAAUUUCACCUACCCCUCACGUUCAGACGUCCCCGUUAUCAAGGAACUUUCUUUAUCCUUUCCAGCCGGAAAGACCAUUGCACUUGUUGGACCUUCUGGUUCCGGAAAAUCGACUAUCAUUUCUCUCGUUGAACGGUUCUAUGACCCGACUUGGGGGAGUAUCAAACUCGAUGGCAUUGAUUUAAAAGAUCUCAACCUAAAAUGGCUGCGGUCCCAAAUUGGUCUCGUUUCUCAAGAACCCGUCCUUUUUGCCGCGAGUAUCAAGGAAAACGUGGCCAAUGGGCUAAUCGGAACGGAAUACGAGCAUGUUGCUGACGAGAAAAAAUUCGCGCUCAUCAAAGAGGCCUGCCUGCAGGCGAACGCGGAUGGAUUCAUCGCUCAGCUUCCGUCUGGGUACGACACCGUGGUAGGAGAACGGGGUUUCUUACUUUCCGGCGGGCAAAAACAGCGUAUUGCUAUCGCUCGCGCCAUUAUUUCUGAUCCUAAAAUAUUGCUUUUGGAUGAGGCGACCAGCGCGCUCGACACACAGUCCGAGGGCAUUGUGCAGGACGCUCUCGAUAUAGCCGCCGCAGGUCGUACAACGGUAAUCAUCGCCCAUCGAUUGUCGACCAUCAAAAACGUCGACCUCAUCUAUGUCUUGGACGGGGGACUUGUUACCGAGAAAGGAUCGCAUGUGGAGCUUAUUCAGGCCGGUGGUCAUUAUGCGCAUCUCGUCAAUGCUCAAAAUCUUCGAGGUUCCCAACCAGGAAAUAUAUCCAGCGAGACGUCGAAAGCAGAAGAGCUCCGGGGCUCAGUGGAUCAGAAGGCUCCCACCGAUACCGCCCUUCUCCGAUCAAACACCCAUAACUCAGUCGACAAGGAGCUUGACAAUUUGCCUCCUAUUAGCAGGACGGAAAGGUCCAACCUUGGCACGUUUACCUUAUUCAUUCGCAUGGGAGAACACGUUCGAGAUCAACGCAAAAUUUACCUCUGGGCAUCUAUCUUUGCGAUCCUGGCUGGUCUGGUCCCUCCCGCUUGCGGAAUUGUAUUCGCUAAGAGCAUUACUGGGUUUUCUGAAAACGACCCUCACAUUCGACGUUUCCAGGGUGAUCGAAACGCUCUUUGGUUUUUUGUCAUUGCCAUCAUUGCCAUGAUAGUGAUGGGCGCUCAGAAUUAUCUCUUUUCCGUAGCAGCUUCCACCUUGACAGCUAGAUUACGUUCGCUCUGCUUCAGGGCGGUGUUGAGGCAGGAUGUCGCCUUCUUUGACCGCGAUGAGAAUUCCACGGGUAGCCUGACGUCCAACCUCAGUGAACAUCCGCAAAAGGUGAACGGACUUGUAGGGAUCACCUUAGGGACGAUUAUCCAAAGCAUUGCGACACUCGUCGCUGGGUGGAUACUUGGGCUUGUGUACGUAUGGAGACUUGGCCUUAUUGCUAUAGCAUGCACCCCCAUUCUGGUAUCCACCGGAUAUAUUCAUCUCCGAGUUAUUAUACUCAAGGAUCAGUCAAACAAGAAGUCUCACGAAUCGUCUGCUCACCUGGCUUGCGAGUCGGCUGGAUCUAUCCGCACAGUAGCUUCACUAGGCCGAGAAGAGGACUGUCUUCAGAAAUACAGCCAGAGCCUUGAAAUUCCCAUGCGCCGAUCUACAAGAAACGCCCUUUGGGGAAAUCUCCUAUUCGCGUUAUCGCAAUCUUUGUCUUUCUUCGUUAUUGCCCUCGUCUUCUGGUAUGGAGCUGGUUUAGUUUCGCGUCUGGAAGCCUCAACGACGGCGUUUUUUGUUGCGCUCAUGAGCUCGACGAUGGGCGCCGUUCAGUCCGGGAACAUCUUCACAUUUGUGCCAGACAUAUCGUCGGCAAGCAGCGCAGGUUCCGACAUCAUCCGCCUUCUCGACUCAGUCCCCGAAAUCGACGCAGACUCCAAGACUGGACAGAUUCUUGAUUCUAAGACUACGAAAGGCCACGUUCGGCUUGAGAACGUUCGUUUUCAAUACCCGACACGUCCUACGGUUCCUGUCCUCCGUAAUCUCACUCUGGAGGCUAAGCCUGGGUCAUAUAUCGCAGUGGUCGGCGCCAGCGGUUCAGGGAAAAGCACUAUAAUUCAGCUGCUAGAGAGAUUUUAUGACCCAUCAGCAGGGGUAAUAAGUCUUGACGGAGAACGCAUCCGGGAACUGAAUGUUCAAGAAUACCGAAAGCAUCUUGCAUUGGUAUCUCAGGAACCCACACUCUAUGCAGGUACUAUUCGGUUCAAUAUCGUUAUUGGGGCCGUCAAAGCGCAGUCCGAAGUAACGAUGGAAGAGAUUGAGCAAGCCUGUCGAGACGCUAAUAUAUUGGAGUUUAUUCAAUCUUUACCUCAAGGUUUUGAUACAGAAGUAGGAGGUAAAGGUUCUCAGUUAUCCGGAGGCCAAAAACGCAUGUCGUUCUUUCUCCCUCUGCGGAUUGCCAUCGCAAGGGCGCUCAUCCGCAACCCCAAGGUUCUUCUACUGGACGAGGCCACAUCUGCGCUUGACUCAAACUCGGAGAAAGUGGUGCAAGAAGCGCUUGACCAAGCAGCAAAAGGGAGAACGACCAUCGCGAUCGCACACAGGCUAUCAACAAUUCAAAAUGCGGAUUGCAUAUACUUCAUAAAGAAUGGUAGUAUCCAAGAGUCCGGAACGCACGAUGAAUUGGUGGCGAAGUGCGGCGCCUAUUUCGAAUAUGUGAAGUUACAAACUUUGAGCAAGGUGGAAGUGUAA